CUUCUCUUCCUUUCUUUACUCUCUCAGAUCCUAUCCUCCUUCAUAGCGAUGCGGUCGCUGGGCCUCUUGCUCGCGGUCGUCCUACUGUCCUCGUCUGCGUCAUGCUUCACGGGAGGUCACCGCGACAUAUUUCACGACGAGUACGGGCGCGAAAUUCAAAGAGACCAAGCACUGCGCAGGCGAAAUAUCGUUUACAACGGUCAGAUCGCGAAUUCGUACGAUUUUGUCGUCGUCGGUGGUGGCACGGCUGGGCUGGCUAUUGCGUCCCGCCUGUCAGAGGACUCAAAUCACACAGUUCUUGUCCUUGAGGCUGGUGACACUGGCGAUGCUGUAGCCAAUUCCAUAGACAUCCCCGGAAACGCGUACUACUCCUCUCUGCUCGGUUCAAGCUAUGACUGGAACUAUCAGACGGUAGUGCAGCCGAACGCCGCCAACAGGCAGAUUACCUGGCCGCGCGGCAAAGUGCUCGGCGGCUCGUCUGCCCUGAACGGCAUGUACGCCGUGCGCCCAUCCAAGCUCGAAGUCGAUGCCUGGGGGGCGAUGAUCCCCGGUGGCGACAAGUGGAACUGGAACAGCCUCUUCGCCAACAUGAAGAAGAGUGAAAAUUUCACCGCGCCGAGUCAGGAGAUCCAGCAGGAGGGCAACAUCAUGUACGACCCGUCAAGCCAUGGCACGUCCGGGCCGGUGCACGUCUCUUAUCCUGGAUAUAUCUUGCCCGUCGUUGGCAAUUGGACUGUGACGUUAGAAGAUAUUGGUAUUCCUUUCUCUGCAGACGCCAACGGAGGCGACGGCUGGGGCGGCUUCAUUGCGACCUCGACGAUCAACCCAACCAAUUGGACGCGCUCGUACUCGCGCUCCGCGUACAUUGAUCCACUCCCACCGCGCGCGAACCUUGACAUCCUCGCGAACAGCACUGUCACCCGCAUCAUCUUCGCCACAGGCUCGCCCCAGAACAACCUCAGCGCGAACUCGGUCGAGUUUGCAACAUCGAGGACAGCGCUGCGCCAGACAGUCAACGUCACGAAGGAGGUUAUCAUCGCGAGUGGUGCGAUUGGCAGCCCUCAAGUGCUCAUGCUCAGCGGUGUCGGACCAUCAGAUGUUCUACAGGCAGUCAACAUCCCUGUCAACGUCGAGUUGCCUGGUAUUGGCCAACAUUUGCAGGAUCAUAUUAGCACCCAAGUCACAUUCCAGACAUCCGAUGAUACUGCAGCUUCGUUACACGCAGCAAACGCCACGAACCUCCCCAACGGCCAGUCUUCGCCGUUCUUGUCCUUCAUUAAUUCUGCGACAGCUUACGCUAACAUCUCCGACCUGCUCGGCUCGUACUACACAACCUUUCAGGAGAAUAUUACAUCCGCACUUCAGACAUCCUCCUCGACACUCGUACCGUCGACCGACACUGGCGUGAUCGCGGGGUACGAAGCGAUCUAUAAUACCACGGUGCAGCUGAUGGGCACACCCAUCGGUCAGAUGGAGAUUCUCCUCUCCCUCACCGGGACGACACAGAGCACAGACAAGGUCGUUGCCAUCCAAGCGGCCCUGCAGCAUCCGUUCAGCCAAGGGCGACUGUAUAUCAACAGCUCUGACCCGUUCGACCCACCAGUCAUUGAUCCUAAGUAUAUCUCGCACCCGGCUGAUAUCGUGAUGCUCCGCGAGGGCCUCAAGCUCGCCCGCAUACUUGGCAAUACCGCGCCGCUGAGCAGCGCCGUCAUCUCCGAAGUCUCACCCGGCCCGAGCGUGCAGAGCGAUGACGACUGGGACGCCUGGGCAGCGGAAAACUUCGGUACUGAGUUCCACCCGAGCUGCUCGUGUGCCAUGCUCCCCCAGGAGCAAGGCGGUGUCGUAGACAGCGAUCUCAAGGUCUAUGGCCUCGCGAACGUCCGUGUCGCUGACGCGAGUGUGUUCCCCAUCGCGUUCGCCGCGCACCUUCAAAUGCCGACGUACGGCCUCGCCGAACAGGCUGCGAAUAUCAUCCGCGCCCAAUGGAACGGUGUCGCGCUGACGCAGCCGAGCUCGGUCACGCCGCCUACGGCUACGUCUACGCAGUCCAAGCCAACUGAGACGAACGCCAAGACGAGCAACGCGUCAUCUUUCCCCACCCUGUCCAUCUCAUUUAUGUUCUCGGUUCUCAUUAGCAUCUUCCUCGGACUAUAACUCUAGCCUUAUCUGGAACGCUUUUUGCGCACCUCCCAUUACUGGGACAGCUCCUUCCCUUCACGAUAUCAGACUCGUCUCCCUGACCACCCCCACUGUUGCCACUUUUUAACACUUCGAGACUUUAUUGUUCGGACAAUACGCAAACUAUGUUACUGGCAUAUACUUGCUUGUAUGUAUACCACACAUUGUAGACCUUUGGAUACCACGUACAGCUAAUAGCAUGGACACUGGCAUUUGCCGAUUUGUUACAG